AGCACAGGUUUACUUCUCCGAUUUUCCAUGGAAUCAAAAAAGAAUUAAAGCAAAUCCAAUAACGGGUUCGAGUCCAAUAUGGAUCUUUCAGAUAUAGCGGGAAAGCUUGGUCUCCCACAACACAAGAUGCUGGUCCGAAAAGCGGCGGAGCUCCGGCGCCUCUGUGAUGUCCAGUUCGAUUCCUCCAUUAUCCGCGUCGGAGAGGUUUGUAAAGCUGUAAUAUGCUUAGAAAUUGCUGCUACGAGGUUUGGGGAGAUUAUAUUUGAUAGGCAAAAGGCUGUCAAAUUAAGUGGAAUGUCAGAAAAGGCUUACGCUAGAUUUUUCAAUUCCUUGAAGAAUGGUCUAAAUAUCAAAACAACGUUGUAUAUUAGAGAAUUGGGGAUUCAAUUUGGAUGCGUUAGGCUGAUUCCUUUUGUGAAGAAGGGUUUAUCUCUCUACAAGGACCGGUUUAUGGCAUCACUGCCUUCUUCCAGGCAGGCAAGUGCAGACUUCACCAGACCAGUGUUUACUGCUGUGUCAUUUUACUUGUGUGCUAAAAAACACAAGCUGAAGAUAGACAAGGUUAGGUUGAUUGAGGUUUGUGGCACCUCUGAAUCUGAAUUUUCUUGUGUAAGCAACAUGGUUUUUCCCUACAUGUAA